GCUGCUUCACGGCACCUUAUUUUAUUGAAAAUUUCAACAUAAUCGCAUUAAAAUGGGCUCGAGAAGGCCCCCGGACGUGCACAUGUUUCCCUCGGACCUGGAGUUCGCCGUGUUUACACCCGAGGAGAUACGAAAACUAAGUGUGGUAAAAGUCAUAACCGGCCUCACAUUUGAUGCCCUGGGACACCCAAUACCUGGCGGUCUUUAUGACAUACGAUUGGGAUCCUACGGCCGAUGCACGGAUCCCUGCGGCACAUGCCUAAAAAUGCAAGAUUGUCCCGGCCAUAUGGGCCAUAUUGAGCUGGGCUCACUGGUCUACAACCCGUUUUUCAUCAAACUGGUGCAACGUUUACUCUGCAUAUUUUGUCUACACUGUUACAAGCUUCAAAUGAAGGAUCAUGAGAGCGAAAUUGUAAUGCUGCAGCUGCGGCUUAUUGACGCCGGCUACAUUAUUGAAGCACAAGAACUGGAGCUGUUUAAAUCAGAAAUUGCCUGCCAGAACACAGAGGAGCUGAUUAAGCUGGAUAACGGCGACGCCGUACAUCCGCACAUUGCUGCAGUCAACGAGCUGCUGGCAAAGAAUACGAGCAAUGCCAGCAAUGUGACCAAGACAAGCUGUUCCUUGCGCACAGCCAUUACGCACGCGGCUUUGCAGCGAGCCUCCAGUAAGAAGUGCAGGCACUGCAACAAGUCUAUGCGCUUCGUGCGCUAUUUGCAUCGCCGCCUUGUCUAUUAUGUGACCAUUGCCGAUUUAAAGGAGCGGUUGGGUGAUGUGCCCGAAAACAGUGGCCAGAACAAGGUCAUAUUUGCGGAUGAAUGCCGUCGCUAUCUGCGAAAGAUAUACGAAAAUUAUCCGCAGCUGCUAAAGCUGUUGGUGCCUGUCUUGAACAUAAACAGUGAGGCAAGCGUCACCGGCGACUGCUCGCCAGUGGAUAUCUUCUUUAUGGACACGAUACCAGUUACGCCCCCGCGUGCGCGUCCCAUGAAUGUUAUUAACGACAUGAUGAAGGGCAAUCCGCAGACGGACAUCUAUGUGAACAUUAUCGAGAAUAAUCAUGUGCUAAAUGUAGUACUAAAGUUUAUGAAGGGCCAGCAGGAGAAACUUAGCGAGCAGGCAAAAGCUGCCUACCAAAACAUGCGCGGUGCCAACAGCCACGAGAAGCUCUACAAUGCGUGGCUGGCGCUGCAGAGCUCCGUAGAUGUGUUGCUUGAUGUAAACAUGUCGCGAGACAUCAAAUCCGCCGAGGGCCUUAAGCAGGUGCUCGAGAAGAAGGAGGGUCUCAUACGCAAGCACAUGAUGGGCAAACGCGUUAAUUACGCAGCACGUACUGUCAUCACGCCCGAUCCCAACAUCGAUGUAGAUGAGAUUGGCAUACCGGACAUAUUUGCGCGCAAACUCUCUUAUCCGGUACCCGUGACUGAAUGGAAUGUCAUCGAGUUGCGCAAAAUGGUCAUGAAUGGGCCAGAAGUGCACCCGGGCGCCAAUUACAUACAGGACAGCAAGGGGUUAACCACUUUUAUACCUGCCGACAAUGCGGCCAAACGAGCCAGCAUGGCUAAGCUGUUGCUGUCCAAUCCCAAGGACGGCGUCAAGAUUGUGCAUCGCCAUGUUCUGAAUGGUGAUGUACUGCUGCUCAAUCGUCAGCCUUCGCUGCACAAGCCAUCCAUAAUGGCGCAUAAGGCGCGCAUAUUGUACGGCGAGAAAACGUUUCGCCUCCACUACUCCAAUUGCAAGGCGUACAAUGCCGAUUUCGAUGGUGACGAGAUGAAUGCGCACUAUCCACAGAGCGAGGUGGCACGUUCCGAGGCCUAUAAUCUUGUCAAUGUGGCCAGCAAUUAUCUUGUGCCCAAGGACGGUACUCCACUUGGUGGCCUUAUACAGGAUCAGGUUAUUUCGGGCGUCAAGCUGUCCAUACGCGGUCGCUUCUUCAACCGCGAGGACUAUCAGCAGUUGGUUUUCCAAGGUCUGUCGCAUCUUAAAGGCGAUGUCAAGUUGCUGCCACCGGCUAUACAAAAGCCCGCAACGUUGUGGUCUGGCAAGCAAGUACUCUCGACCAUAAUCAUUAAUCUGAUACCCGAUGGCUAUGAGCACAUCAACUUAGAUUCCUUUGCCAAAAUAGGCGGCAAGAAUUGGAAUGUGGCUAAACCGCGUACACCGCUGUGUGGCUCGAAUCCGCUGGAGCAGGAGCUCAGUGAGAGUCAAGUACAAAUACGUAAGGGCGAGCUUCUGGUGGGUGUUCUGGACAAGCAGCAGUAUGGCGCCACCACUUUUGGCCUCAUUCACUGCAUGUACGAGCUGUAUGGCGGCGACGUGUCCACGCGCCUGCUAACCGCCUUCACCAAGGUGUUUACAUUUUUCCUGCAGCUUGAGGGCUUUACGUUGGGUGUCAAGGACAUUUUGGUCACCGACGAAGCGGAUCGCAGGCGUCAAAAAAUCAUUCGCGAGUGUCGUGAUGUGGGCAACAGCGCCGUUGCCGCUGCUUUGGAGCUGGAGGAUGUGCCACCGCACGAUAUAUUGGCCGAACAAAUGGAGGCCGCCUAUGUUAAGGACUCCAAGUUUCGAGUUCUGCUCGAUCGCAAAUACAAAUCGCUACUGGACGGCUACACAAAUGACAUUAAUAAAACUUGCUUGCCAGGCGGUCUGAUCACGAAGUUUCCAUCAAACAAUCUGCAGUUAAUGGUCUUGUCUGGCGCCAAAGGCUCUAUGGUUAACACCAUGCAAAUCUCCUGCCUGCUUGGGCAAAUUGAGCUGGAAGGCAAGCGACCGCCGUUGAUGAUAUCUGGAAAAUCGCUACCCAGUUUUACCUCUUUUGAGACAUCGCCAAAGUCGGGCGGCUUUAUUGAUGGGCGCUUUAUGACAGGCAUACAGCCGCAGGACUUUUUCUUUCACUGCAUGGCUGGUCGUGAAGGUCUCAUCGAUACUGCUGUAAAGACAUCCCGUUCCGGUUAUCUACAGCGCUGUCUUAUCAAGCACUUGGAGGGGUUGAGUGUUCACUAUGAUCUGACUGUGCGCGACAGUGACAACAGUGUGGUCCAGUUUCUGUACGGCGAGGACGGCUUGGACAUACUUAAGUCCAAGUUUUUUAACGGAAAAUUCUGCGCAGAUUUUCUGGCACAAAACGCAAAGGCCGUUCUGCGGCCCAGCCAACUGCAGCUGAUGAAGGACGAGGAGUGCCUCGCCAAGGUACUGCGCCAUGAGAAACACAUACGUAGCUGGCAGAAGAAACAGCCUGCCAAACUGCAUGCAGCUUUCACUCACUUUUCGGAGGAGCUUCGAAACGAAGUGGAAGUUAAGCGACCAAAUGAGAUAAAUGUCAAGACGGGACGCCGGCGCUUCGACGAGGGCCUGCUCAAACUGUGGAAGAAGGCCGAUGCCGAGGACAAAGCACUGUACCGGAAGAAAUAUGCACGCUGUCCUGAUCCCACCGUAGCCGUAUACAAGCAAGACAAUUAUUAUGGUGCGGUUUCUGAGCGCACGCGUCAAUUGAUCGAUGACUAUGCGCUCAAGCACCCGUCACAGAAGCAAAUCAUAGCAGAUAUAAUGCACAUGAAGAGCAUCAAGGCGUUGGCCUCCCCCGGCGAACCGGUUGGUCUGAUUGCAGCUCAGUCGAUUGGUGAACCGUCCACCCAGAUGACAUUGAAUACCUUCCAUUUCGCUGGUCGUGGUGAAAUGAACGUUACUCUGGGUAUACCUCGCUUAAGGGAAAUUCUAAUGCUGGCGUCCUCGAAUAUCAAGACCCCUUCAAUGGACAUACCCAUCAAGCCGGGACAGCAGCAUAAUGCGGAGAAGUUGCGCAUUUCCCUCAACUGUGUGACCUUGGCCAGUCUGCUGGAAUCCGUGCAUAUCAACACAAGCUUGACGAUGGAACCGGAACGCGCGUAUGUCUAUGACUUGCACUUCCAGUUCCUACCACGUGAGAACUACAAGGAGGAUUACAGCGUGAGGCCCAAGCGUAUUAUCAAAUACAUGCAUCAGACAUACUUCAAACAGCUCAUUCGCGCUAUUAUAAAGGUGUCUAACGCCAAGAAGACUUCCAAAAUCGUCGUGGUAGAUGAGAAAAAGGAGUCUGGCAACAAGCACGACGAGGACAAUGAUCUAGAGUUGGAUGCUGAUGACGUGGGCAUACAAAAGGCUCAAGACAAUGAUGACGACUCCUCAGAUGACGGCGGUGACGACGACGCGACUGGCAUUAAACUCAAGCAGCGCAAAACCGACGAAAAGGACUAUGACGAUCCGGAUGAUGUUGAGGAAAUAAUUGAUGCCAAUGACGAUGAAGAGGAGCCCGAUGAAGAGGACGCAUACGGCAAUGAACCGGCAAACGACGAAAAUGCUGAGGUGGACGAUAAGUCGGUGGAAAAGUUGCUUAGCAACCAAAUGGUUCAAGAUUACACCUACGACAAGGAGCAUCAUCUUUGGUGCAGAGUUAAACUCAAUCUGAGCGUUCGCUACCAAAAGCCCGAUCUGACAUCCAUCAUACGCGAACUGGCCGCCAAAAGCAUUGUACAUCAGGUGCCGCACAUUAAGCGCGCCAUUAUCUACAAGGGAAAUGACGAUGAGCAGUUGCUGAAAACAGAUGGCAUCAAUAUUGGUGAAAUGUUCCAACACAACAAAAUCUUGGACCUGAAUCGAUUGUACUCCAAUGACAUACAUGCUAUAGCACGGACAUAUGGCAUCGAAGCUGCGAACCAGGUCAUUGUCAAGGAAGUGAGCAAUGUGUUUAAGGUCUAUGGAAUUACCGUGGAUCGACGCCAUUUAUCACUGAUUGCCGACUACAUGACCUUUGACGGCACCUUCCAGCCGCUUUCACGCAAAGGCAUGGAGCACUCCUCUUCGCCGUUGCAGCAAAUGUCCUUUGAAUCCAGUUUGCAGUUUCUGCGCAACGCGGCUGGCUUUGGACGUCCCGACGAGCUGAAUUCACCAUCAAGUCGCUUGAUGGUAGGCCUGCCUGUUCGAAAUGGCACAGGCGCUUUUGAGUUGUUAACGAAAAUUUGCUAAUUACCACAAUUUUGUUUAAAUAAAUACGCGCU